GAAGCUGGACAGGUGGAUGGCGAGUGGAGGGGCAAAUAAGUUUGGAGUUAAUGGGCUAUGUGUACAUACUUCGCAUAUGUAAAUGACUUCUUAAAAAGAAGUAGGCCAUUUUCGUUCCAAGUUGGGGUAUUACCUUGUAUCGAUUGAGAAGGGGGUGAACGUUUCAUUGUGAGGGGGUUGUGCGGCUCGGCCCCGCUGGGAGCGGUCCGGGCCCGGAGCGGAGACUCGACUCCCUCCCACAGACUACCGGCUUCCUGUCCCCUCCCGUGAAGUCCCCCACCCCCCUUUCCGCGCUGCUGCGGGCUCUACCGGGCGGGCAUGGCUUUUGCUAACUUCAAGAGGAUCUUGAGACUUUCUACCUUUGAGAAGAAGAAAUGCAAACAGUACGAGCACGUCCGCAGGGACUGCAACCCCGAAGAAAUCUGGGAGGUGAUCGGGGAGCUGGGCGAUGGCGCCUUCGGCAAGGUUUAUAAGGCCAAAAACAAGGAAACUGGUGUUUUAGCUGCUGCAAAAGUUAUUGAAGUCAAGAGUGAAGAAGAACUUGAAGACUACAUGGUGGAAAUUGAAAUUCUGGCCUCGUGUGACCAUAUUUAUAUUGUUAAACAACUGGAUGCUUUCUUUUAUGAGAAUAAGUUAUGGAUUAUGAUCGAAUUCUGUCCCGGAGGUGCAGUGGAUGCCAUAAUGCUGGAAUUGGAUCGUGGGUUAACCGAACCACAGAUCCGUGUUGUAGCUCGGCAGAUGCUGGAAGCUGUAGACUACCUUCACAGCCAGAAAAUCAUUCAUCGCGACUUAAAGGCAGGGAAUGUUCUCCUCAGCCAAGAUGGCAAUGUUAAACUAGCGGAUUUUGGUGUUUCAGCAAAAAACACAAAAACUCUGCAAAAGAGGGAGACAUUCAUUGGAACACCCUAUUGGAUGGCUCCAGAAGUGGUGAUGUGUGAGACUAUGAAGGACACUCCAUAUGAUUACAAAUCUGACAUCUGGUCCUUGGGUAUAACCUUGAUUGAAAUGGCACAGAUAGAGCCACCUCAUCAUGAGUUAAAUCCAAUGAGAGUUUUACUGAAAAUUGCCAAAGGAGAUCCUCCAACAUUGGAAAAUCCAUCAAAAUGGUCUACAGAAUUUAAUGACUUUCUCAAGAAAGCACUGGAUAAGAAUCCGGAUACUCGUCUAAGUGCUGCACAGCUAUUGCAGCACCCUUUUCUGAAAGAUGUCUGUGGUAAUAAGCCACUUAGGGAAUUAGUGGCAGAGGCAAAAGCUGAAGUGAUGGAGGAAAUAGAGGACAAUAGGGAGGAAGCUGAAGAUGAUGAUUCAUCGGAACCAUUAUCACCCCUUUCAGGCCAUGCACGUGGUCCUUCUGAAUUGAGCCAAAUUAGUUUGGAAACAGAAAGCCUUCCCAAGAUCUCAGAAGUCAAUGGUGCUGAUUCUGAAGUUAUAAAGCCUGAUAACUCCAUUGAAGGACAGGUGAAUGAGGGCAUAUGCAGCAGUGAUAAAGACAAAGCAGAAAAUGAGAACUUGAAGACCAUCAGCACUGAGUCUGGAACUGAUGAUGGAAAGACCGAUCCAUCUACUGAAGACAAAUCUAAAAUGGACCUGCAGAGUAAUGAUCAAAAAAUGGAAACUAUAAAUACUUCUGUCCAAGAUUCUGAAGAGAAGGUAUUGGAGAAGAAUUCCACUGAACAAGAGCAACCAAAUUUGGUAGUCGGCUCUGAGUCUGUGCAGCCUACGCUUAUACAGACUGCUGAGGAUAUUACUGUUUCAAAGAAUGAAGAAAAUAAAUCUGAUGCCCAAGUCACUCCGGUUCCUGAUAUAUUGACUCCCAAUGGAGUGGUAGAUUCUCCUGAAAGAAUUUCCAAAAGAGAUUCCUAUUCGGGCAGUGUAUCUGCUUCUGACAGCAUGGACUUGAAUGUUUCCAUCUCAGGUGACCUAUCUAUAAACAAGGAGAGUGGUUCUCUAUCCAUUCGGGGAAAUAAAUCUAAUAACAAAACCUUGAAGCGAACUAGAAAAUUUGUUGUAGAUGGGGUGGAAGUAAGCGUCACCACGUCAAAGAUUAUUGGUGAAGAUGAGAAGAAAACCGAAGAAAUGCGAUUCCUAAGGAGACAGGAGUUACGGGAGUUGCGAUUACUUCAGAAGGAGGAACAUCGGGCUCAAACUCAACUUAAUUUGAAGCUACAGCAACAAUUGGAGCAAAUGCUACGCCGCUUUGAACAGGAAAUGAAUGCAAAAAGGAAGUUCUUUGACACAGAGUUGGAGAAUUUGGAAAGACAACAGAAACAACAAAUUGAGAAAAUGGAACAGGACCACACAAACCGGUUGCGUGACGAAGCCAAACGAAUCAAAGCUGAGCAAGAGGGGGAAUAUGCCAAAUUCAUGGAUCAAAUGAAAGCAAAGAAGAAAGAGGUAAAGAGUGAGGUUGAAAACCUUCCCAGAAACCAACGCAAAGACAGCUUGAAACAAAAAAUGGGAGAAUUUGCACAGAAGAAAAAAACACAGGAACAGGAUUUUCAAUCAAAACAGCACCAGGAGCUAGAUAUGGCACUGAAAAAAAUAAUUGCACAGAAUAAGAAGGAAAUUUCUGAUCAAGAAAGGGACUGCCUUACAAAGAAACAACAGCUCAUGAGAGACAGGGAGGCUGCCAUUUGGGAGCGAGAAGAGCACCACCUGCAGGAGAAACAUCAGUUCCUCAGACAACAGUUAAAGGAUCAAUACUCCCUGCAAAGGCAUCAGUUACUGAAAAAACAUGAAAAGGAGUUGGAGCAGAUGCAGCGUUAUAAUCAGCGGAUGAUUGAGCAACUAAAGAUCAAGCAGCAACAGGAAAAGAACAGACUUCCCAAAAUCCAAAGAAGUGAGGGGAAGACGAGAAUGGUGAUGUACAAAAAGAGUUUGCGUAUUAACUCUACAGGGAGCCAUACAGAGGACAGAGAGAAAAUUAAACAGUUUGGAAUUCAAGAAGAAAAGAGACAAAAAAUGGAAAAGCAAAAUCAGCAAAUAAAACAUGAGACUCAAAUGAGAGAAAUGCAACAAGCAUGUGAGAAUAACAUCCAUGAGCUCCAACAGCUGCAGAGUGAGAAGUGCCAUCUUCUGACUGAACAUGAAAACCAGAAGUUAAAAGCACUUGAUGAUAAUCAUAACCUGCACUUGAAGGAAUGGCAAGAAAAGCUGAAACCAAGAAAGAAAGCUUUGGAGGAAGAAUUGACUCAGAAGAAAAAAGAUCAAGAGAUGUUCUUUAAACUUAGUGAAGAAGCAGAUUGUCAGAGUCCAAGUUCACCAAACAAGGUUGCCAAAUUUUUCCCCUUCUCUUCGGAGCCAUCCUAAGGAGGUUUGGACCCAUUAUUUCUUCAUGAACUCAGGAGUACAGAUGUGUGAACAAGUCUUUAAUUUAUAUUUUCUAAACGUGUAUUAAUAUUUCCUGACUUGAGAAUGCUAUAUUUACUACUGAAUUUGAACUGCUGAAUGUUACUGUAUUCAUUUGCAGAUCUUGGCUCGGAAUAAAAAUCUAUUCUUUAGAUGUAUAGAAGUGUUCUUUAGUUACGGAAGGAUAAUUUUGUGCCUAUGUUCUUUACUUGUUUUUCAGAGCUUCCUUUUCUAUACAUGUAAUGCAAGGUUAAUUUUUUUUAGUUUGUACACCAAAACAAUUUUUACUAAAUAUUCUUGAUACUUGAUUAGCUAAUUGAAAGACUGGGUUCAGGCAAAAAUCACACUUUUUUUUUAAGUGAACCAGAAGUUUAAAAAAAGCUAAUAAAAGUUGAUCU